CAGAUCUGCUGUUUACCGAAUGCGCUCAGUCUGGCAGCGCCUCUGUCUCUGUAGGUAUCUAGUACCGUAGGUACGUGCAUCAAUAAUAGCAUAAAUCGUGUUUGUUUAUAGCGUGCUUGUUUGUGAAAAUAGCGCUGCGUAUAGGGGGCGUAUAAGAACCGUAUACUAGCGCCAUGGCAGACUACGCUAAAAUUGCGCAGCGUAUUUUCCUCUACAGUGUUAUUUACACUGUAGCCGCUAUUCUCGGUGUAUUGGUUUUGCUGCGUACCGCCUUCGUGCAGUGGAGGCGGGGUGGCUCGAAUUCUGCCGCCCCCAAGAAGAAACGUGAACUGCCCCCCGAUUGUCUCAACGACCCUAAAUUGGGAAAUCACUGCUAUGUACAACUCAAGAACGUGAAGCUGCAUUAUGUUGAGAAAGGUGACAAGACAAAACCAUUGAUGCUGCUAGUCCAUGGGUUCCCAGAAUUUUGGUACUCAUGGAGACAUCAAAUAAGGGAAUUCUCAAAAGAUUAUUGGGUGGUUGCAGUGGACAUGAGAGGGUAUGCUGAUUCUGAAAAGCCCACUGGAAUCAAGUAUUACCGAAUGAAAUACCUCCUUGAAGAUCUCAAGAACUUGGUUGAGGCUCUAGGGAAAGAGAAAGUGAUUCUAGUCGCCCACGACUGGGGUGGCGUGAUUGCCUGGUAUUUUGUGAUGAAUUACCCUGGGAUGGUGCACUCCUACAUCAUGAUGAAUGCUCCUCACCCCGUUGCCUUCAGGAAACAACUCAUGUCCAGUUUCAAACAACUGCGCAUGUCUUGGUAUAUUUUCUUCUUUCAAUUACCUUACCUUCCUGAAUAUUUCCUUCAAAUGCAAGACUGCAAAUACUUGAAUCAUAUCUGGCGAACCAAGAGAGACCCAUCCGCUUUCACUGAGGAGGAUAAGGAGGCCUAUCGAUUUGUUUAUGGGAAACCAGGAGCCCCGACAGCGCCAAUCAACUACUACCGCGCCAACAUCCUGCCGCAGACGCGGCUGUUGAAGCGACUGCCGCUGGACGGAUCGGCGCCCCGAGGCCUCAUGAUUUUCGGCGAAGACGACUUCGCAAUCAGCACAGAAAUUGUCGAGAAGACCAAACGCCUCACGCCCAAUCUGGACACCGAACUGGUCAAAGAUGCGUCGCACUUUGUACAGCAGGAUGACCCCGUCACUGUCAACCGGCUCAUGGCUGAGUUUCUGGCCAAAGUUGCUGAUGGCAAGUAGGAGCACCAAGAGGCAGGGUGGAGAGUGGUACAAGGAAGUGUUGGGAGUAGAAGAGGUAAUAAUGUAGAGCCGAGUGGAGAGUUGGAGAAGGAAGGGUGUAUAAGAGUGAGUGAUGGAGAUAGAAGAGAAGAAUGGUGAGGAGCGAUAGAGAUGGAGGAUGAGUAGGAGGAGAAGAAAGAAGAAAAAAGGGAGGAGAGGGAGAGAGAAAAAGGAGGAGGAGGAAAAAGGAGAGAUGAGAAUGAAGAGGAAAAGUGAAUAUGAUGAAGGAGGCACAAGGAGUGUAAAUAACGUGAUGGAGAGUUAAGAGGAAGAAAAUAUAUUUGAGAGGAAGAUUGAAGGUAGAUGAGGAGGAGGAGGAAAAGUGAAUGUGAUGAAGGAUGCACAAGGAGUGUAAAUAACGUGAUGGAGAGUGAAGAGGAAGAAAAUAUAUUUGAGAGGAAGAUUGAAGGUAGAUGAGGAGGAGGAGGAGGAAAAAGUAGUUUGUAGAAUGAAGAGAAAGUAGAGGUGCAAAAAAUAUUAAUAUACUCACUGACUUACUUAUCCUGGCGAAACAGCCCGAUGUGGGCUUUGGCCACCUCCACAAUCUGCCUCCGAACAUCCCGGUCUCCUGCCUUCCUCCUCCAAUCUCUAAUUUCCAUUGCUGUCAUAACAAUUAUUGUAUAAUUAUGCUGAGGAUGAAAGUACCGAUGAGGAAAUGAGAAAAACUGGGGGAACAAAAUAAAAAUAAUGGUAAAAUAAAAUUGAGCCUUGAUUGAAAUUCUUUGUACCGGUACAGCAACAGUAUUUGCUCUCUUCAAAUUACAAAAUAAUCUCAAUAUCAUGGUCUUAUCUCAAUUCAAUCACACUGAGUUUGUAGAAAAAAAGAUGAAGUUGAAGAUAAUGACUAUCUAGUUGUAUACUGCUUCGUUCCACCAUUUUUCUUCAGAAUUAACUUAUAAAACUUAUCUUUUUUCAAAUAUUUCUUCGAAUUCUUUAAUUUUAUUCAAGAACGGUUUGUAAGAGCUUGAUUUUGAACUAAUUUUAUCAUCAGACUGGUUGUGAUAACGUGUAGCGUAGAUGACUGAUGUGUAUGUAUUAUAAUAGUUGAAAAUAUAUUUCUGUAAAAAAUUAUAUUUGUAUGGUUGACUGUAUCCUCAAUAGAUAUUCUAAAGUAUUAUGUUUUAUUGUGAGAUUUUAAUAAAAUAUUUCAAUAAAAA